UACAACGACAAGAUAAAUAAAAAAAAAAAAUGUUAUCUCUGGGACAUAGUACUAUUAAUGUGCAAUCAUGAUAACAAACGAUAACAAGGUUGCAUUAAGUAAAUUAAGCAUUAAAAAAUCAGUAAUAAAAAUAAUGUUUGUGAUAUGUAUUUGAAUAAUGUCUGGAUAAUGCAUAAGUGCAAUGUGUAAUUAAUAAUAUCAUCAAAAAAAUAAUAUAAAUAUAAAGUGUAAUAAUUAAUCAAUCCAAAGUGUAUAAUAAUUUUGGUUGUUUAUUUUUAAAAUCAAAUAAAAAUGAACACGGAUUCAAUGAUUAUGGCAAAUAUUUUAUACGACGGUUGUAUUGACAGUGAUCGUGAUUCAGAUUCAAGUAAUACAAUUGGUAAUCCAAUAAAUUACGAACAAAAAGAAUUACAUUGUAUAAAAAAUACAAAUAUAAAUUUAACAACAACAACAACAGCAACAUCACCAUCAUCACCAACACAAACAUCAAUACCAACAAAAUCACGUAAUAGAAAUAUAAAUAUUAAAAAAAAUUAUUCAAUGAUGUCAACAAGUUCAAAAAAUUCACAAUCAUCAUCAUAUACAGCUGAAAAAAUAACAUCAUCACAAAUAAAACCACCAUAUUCAUAUAUUGCAUUGAUAACAAUGGCAAUAUUACAAUCACCACAUAAAAAAUUAACUCUAAGUGGUAUAUGUGAAUUUAUCAUGGCCAGAUUUCCUUAUUAUCAUGAAAAAUUUCCAGCCUGGCAAAAUUCAAUAAGACAUAAUUUAUCAUUGAAUGAUUGUUUUAUUAAAAUUCCACGUGAACCAGGUAAUCCAGGUAAAGGUAAUUACUGGACACUGGAUCCAUUGGCUGAAGACAUGUUUGAUAAUGGAAGUUUUUUACGUCGAAGAAAACGUUAUAAAAGACCACCACCACAUUAUGUAUUACGUCAUGAUCGUGGAAUAAUGGCAACAUUUGCAAUAUGUGGUGAUAGAAAUAAUUGUUUAAAUAAUAAUCAUCAUAGUAAUAUAAAUAAUUAUCAAAAUAGUGGUUAUUUAUCACAACCACCGCAAAUACCAUUAAUUGAUUUUUCACAAACAACAUUAGAGGCAUUAAAAUUAAGUGGUUUUUUAGAACCACCACCACCAUUGUAUAAACCAGUACCUUUAACAGUACCAACACAACAAUUACAACAAUUUAUUGGUGAUACAACAAUACAACCAUUUUUAAUGAGAACAUCAUCAUCAUCAUCAACAACAAAUGGUAUUAUUGAUAAAAAAACAAGUUUUAGUAUUGAUUCACUUAUUGGUAAACAGGCUGAACAAAAUAUCGUUGGUGGUUUACUUGAUUUAAGCUCAACAGAAAAUCGAGAAAUUAGAAGUCAAGCGUCUGCUUUUUCUCCAAUUGUUUAA